AUGGCUUCCGCCCCGAUAAUUAACGCAAAUAAUUAUGAGUCUCAAGAAUCCGCGGAGAAGGAACUGCGCAUUACUGAGCAUAUAACCAAAGCAAACACCCAGCAUCCAGGCCGCAACUUCGUCGCCACCUUGUUAGACUCGUUCUAUGUUGCUAGCCCGGGCGGCACUCAUAUUUGCAUGGUCUUCGAUGCGCUUUGUGAACCACUCUGGAUGCUGAAGCGUCGUUUCGAAGGAAACACAAUUCCUCUCGACGUCUUGAAACCGGUUUCUAAACUCAUACUAGAAGGACUACAGUACCUCCACGCGGAAUGCCGCAAUCGGUCACAGCUAACGGACAAACAAGAUCUCAAGUCCGAUAACAUCUUACUGGCCCUACGCAACCCGUCUAUCCUGGAAUCGGUCGCACAAGAUGAGAUGAACAAUCCCUCUCCAAGGAAACAACUGGACGGUCGGGACAUAUACCUAUCUCGGAAUUACUGGGGACUGUCGCCCGACAAAUUGGGUAGAUCGGUAAUAACUGACUUUGGGCUUGCCGUGCGCGGUGACGGGCCCCCGAACAGCCACUGCAUCCAGCCAGAGGGAUAUCGGUCCCCGGAAGUUUGUCUCGGGGGCGACUGGAGCUACAGUGCUGACGUUUGGAACCUGGGAGUUAUGCUUUGGGACCUGUUCUAUGGCCGCGGUCCCUUCCACGCACCACCAGACUCGUGUGGCUCAGGCUCAGCAGACGAAGCUCAUCUGGGCAAGAUAAUUUCCCUCCUAGGGCCCCCUCCACCUGAUCUUCUCGCCCGCGGAAAAGAAACAUCUCGGUAUUUUACGCUAGAGACGCAGCUAACUGAUUUUAUAGGACAAUUCAAAUUCCCCGAACUUGUCGGGAAAAAGGACCUCAUUUCUAUGGCUAAAGAAAUUGAUGACGACGGAGUGCCCCAGUUUGUAGACUUUAUUUCUAGAAUGCUGCGCUGGAGGCCCGAGGACCGGCCCACGGCGCAGGACCUGCUUUCCCAUCCAUGGCUUCCGCAAAUGAGACCUGCGAAUGGAUGA